ACAUACGCGUGUCCGAGAAAUAUUCCGCCAAGCACCACAACAUACAAAAUCAAAUCUCUUUUCCCGAGCUGUAAAAACUAUAUAAAUUUCUGUACACUUGACGCCAGCAUACACUUUUUUCAUUCCCUCGUCAUUUCACCAGCAAGAAAAAGGGAAAAUUGAAUAACGAAGCGCCAUUCUCUGCUGCCCCGCCCCUGGCUCUUCAUUUGAUUUUCCCCCCUAAUCCGCAUGUCCCUGUAAUUUCUUGCAAACCCUAGAUUGUUUGUUGUUCGAAUGUUUGUUUAUCUGAGCAUUGUUACAUGUUUGGGUGUGUGGCGUUCCCAUGGAGCUGUUUGGAGAAUGGAUCUUGCAAUUGAAGCCGACAGGGUUCCCUGAUAUUUGGCUGGAAUGUUAUUCAGAUAGCUAAAAACCAUCGGUCAAUUUGGAGGGAGCAAAGGGAAUAAUUUUGAAAGAGAAUUAGGUGAAAUUUAUUGAGGGAAUAGGUGGAAAUAGCGGAAAACCGGGAGGAGGUGAAUUUUACUGGGGAAAAUGGGGGGUUCAAAAACGGAAGGGUCAUCGGCGACGGUGUCACGGCGCGACCCAUAUGAGGUGCUUUCUGUCUCUAGGGAUUCCUCUGAUCUGGAGAUUAAGACCGCUUACAGAAAGCUUGCUCUUAAGUACCAUCCAGACAAGAAUUCUAACAAUCCUGAAGCUUCUGAGCUUUUCCAGGAGGUUGCAUAUUCGUAUAGUAUUCUAUCCGACCCAGAGAAGAGGAGGCAAUACGAUAUUGCCGGAUUUGAGGCGAUUGAAGCUAAAGAAAUGGAUAUGGAGAUUGAUUUGUCGAACCUUGGAACUGUAAACACGGUGUUUGCAGCUUUAUUCAGCAAGCUGGGUGUCCCAAUAAAGACGACAAUUCCGGCUACUGUUCUUGAAGAGGCUUUGAGUGGAACUCCCACAGUUAGACCUCUUCCAAUUGGAAAUUCAGUUAGUGGAAAGGUCGAAAAGCAGUGUGCUCACUUCUUCAGUGUUUCUAUUAAUGAAGAACAAGCAGAGGCGGGAAUUGUAGUUAGAGUUACUUCAGCUGCACAGAGCAAAUUUAAGCUGUUGUACUUUGAACAUGAGGCAAAUGGGGGAUACGGUCUGGCGUUACAGGAAGAAUGUGAGAGGACAGGUAAAGUAACAACUGCUGGAAUGUACUUCUUGCGUUUCCAAGUGUACAGAAUGGAUUCAACUAUGAACGCGUUGGCAAUGGCUAAGGACCCGGAAGCUGCUUUCUUCAAAAGGCUGGAAGGCCUUCAACCUUGUGAAGUCUCGGAACUAAAAGCUGGGACCCACAUAUUUGCUGUUUAUGGAGAUAAUUUUUUUAAACCUGCCUCUUAUACAAUUGAGGCCCUUUGUGCAAAGUCAUAUGAGGAUACAACUCACAAGCUUAAAGACAUUGAAGCUCAGCUUUUGAAGAAGAGAAAUGAGUUACGCCAAUUCGAGAUAGAAUAUAGGAAGGCAGUGGCACGCUUCCAAGAGGUCACCAGUAGAUAUAGCCAGGAAAAGCAAUCUGUGGAUGAGCUGCUAAAACAGCGAGAUAGCAUCCACUCUUCUUUUACCGUGGCGAGGUCUCUUUCUCUUCUUAGCGGGAGUGCACAUUUUGGCAACAGUAGUAGCAGCAAAUCUUGGAGGUUCAGUCUCAGUCUUAAAGGAUUAGACAAAAAGUGAGUGGUCAGUGGUGUUAAAAUUCUGCGCACACUCUGAGGUCUUGAAGUUUUCUGAGUUGUAGUCUGCUCUCUAAUUAUGUAUUCAAAGAUCGGAAUUCUGGGUUCUCUUGCUUAAAUUUGUGAUAUUUUUGCUGUAAAAUGUAAGGUUUGUGUAAAUAUAGUUCUAGUCUUGGAGAGGUGUUUAAAUAUUCAACCCCCAAAUUGGGAUACUUUAUAGAACUAUAGGAAAAUUCAAUUAUAAAUUGAGGUAUUGUUAUAACAGUAAUUCUUUUCAAACUUAUGUUCUAUAGAAAUUUAGUUUAUUCAUUUGUAUUGGGAAGGAGCUGCUUGUUAUGCUGCUCUCCUUGUUACUAUAAGUUUAUUAACAGCUGGUGUGGCUGAGCUUAUAAGCUCCUGAAAUUAUAAGAUGCUCAAAAAAU